AUUGCAGUUCUAAUCAAGACGAACACUGACUCUGACUGAAGGCCAUGGAGAGAACAGCAGUCCUCUUUGUUCUCCUCAGCUUCUGCAUCACCUCCCUGGCUCUGGAGUGUAGAGUGGUUCCAGGCAAGCUGAAGCAGCUUGAUGUUGGAAACGGCCAAAUGUUUGGAGUCAACUCCAGUAAUGAGGUCUACACGCUGUACAGCACCGGCUGGAUCCAGGUUCCUGGAUCUCUAAAGCACGUCAGUGUGGGACCUGCUGGCGUCUGGGGAGUCGAUUCCAACAAUUACAUCUACAAACUUGUGGGAGGAGAUUGGGUUAUUGUUCCAGGUCUGCUGAAACAGGUGGAUGCAGGAGGAAUGUUCUCUCCAGCAGGUGUCAGCAUGAAUGAUGAUAUCUUCUGCCUUACUGGGGGGCAAGGUUCCUGGACAUAUAUCCCAGGAAAGCUGAAGUACUACAGCUGUGGGCCGUACAGCUGCUGGGGAGUCAACUCUGCAGACACCAUCUUUAUCAUGAAGGGUGUGACUCCGACUGCUUGUGCUGGCUCCUUAAGCUGGGAGCAGAUACCUGGAGCUCUUUCCAUGAUCGAGGUUUCCACUGACGGAAAAGUGUUUGGGGUCACUUCCAAUGGAGAUAUCUAUGAGCGGGAUGGUGUUUCGAUGAGUAACCCUGCUGGCACUGGGUGGCACCAAGUCCAGCAUCCUCAGAAAGUCAAACACGUUUCCUAUGAUCUCGGCCACCUGUGGCUCAUCAAUGCAGAUAACAGCAUCAUGGACUGCACUGAAUAAAAGGCUCUAAUAUCAAGUUGAAGAUCAGACGUCUCGUAGAUGAUGAACAGUAGAGUUUUCUAUGCAAAUUCUCGUAUGAUCCAUAAUCUCAAUAUAAUCAUUUAAUUAUCCAUCCUGUAAGUGCUGGAGCCUAUCCCAGCGCCCAUUGGGCAGAGGGCAGGAAACACCCUGAACAGCCAAGCUACGUUUACAUUACCAGCCUGAAUUGACACAAAUUUUUGCCCUAAUGUGACUCAGAUCUGAUGCUUUCAGGGCUGUGUGGACACGCAAAUCUGAUCUUCUCAAAUCCGACCUG